CGCUAGGAGAGCCACACGAACGCAAUUCGGGUGUUCAACGUGUUCCACGCUGGUUUGACAGCAAAAACUUGGGACGCGACGUACAACGCAUGACAAGUCGACCGAGAGAUCCCUUCGUGGCCAUCGCGACGAGCAACGGUAGCUCUAGAAAGACCGGCACUAGAGGUCGCAAUACGUCCGGCAUGCCGGCGCGAAAAGCCGCCGUCCCGGCCGCCCAUGAGGUCAAGGAGCUACGUAGCGAAGUCCAGCGGCUAGACGAGCAGUUCACAGCACUGUGUGCCAAGUGGAGAGCGGCGCUACCCGAACGCGACGUACUGCUGGCGGCCUGUACGGCGGCUAAGCAGAAGGCGCUCCCGGACCAACGCACGUUGGCCAUCGCGCAGCGCUCCGCUAGAGAGAAGCACGGCGCCAUUCAGACCGAGACGGCGCACAACGACUUGCAGCAGAUGCUUCUCCAGCAGCAAUUGCUGUUCGCCACUCUGCAGUCGGCAGUGCUGCGUGCGCCGCUGCACUCGAGUGGACAGGCAAUGUUCGAGGCUCUCCACUUUGAUACGCACCUUGGACGCGACGCCGACGAGAGAGAGAAGCUGCUAUUAGCGCACAAUGACCGCUCGCUUGCCACAUUGCCGUCCAUCGUCCACAGGUUCGCACAGAUGGCCAUCGAUAGAGUCAUGGCUGCGCAGGAUGCGCACUGCACCAAGCCGGUGAUGCCGCUGUCGCAGAUCGACAUUACAGGUUGCAAGGACUGUACGCUCAUCUCGAGCGUCUUCGUGUCGGAAAUCCCGCACACGUCGCUCGAGGAAGUGUACGCGGCUGUAUUGGCCUACUUCGACGGCAUCCCGACGUCCAUGAAGCGCCACUUUAACGUCAACGCUAAGCGCGUGCGCCUUAACAGUGUCGACUCACCGGUCGUGUACCGUCGCUCGACGUUUAACGGUGCGGGCCUGCCAGCGACCGUCAACAAUGUAGUCUGUUCGGAGCUUACGGCGUCGCACGGCAUGGUGCACAUCGACGCCAUUACGGAAGAUCCGCUGCACCCGGUCAACAGAUCGGGGCCGUCGCAAUACGGUAUCUGUGGACUCACUAUUACACCCCGUAAAGACCCCGUAACGGGUAGAACGGUGUCGAUCACACUGCGGUGGGUGGUCGUGUACCACUACAACUUGCUGCCGGACGACCCGGCCAUCCGGAACGACCUGGAGAUUAUCCGUCCCAUUCUGAACGGCGACCUGCUCACGGCAACGGUGUGCGGGUACAUCCAGGAGCAGCAUACUCGCAACUAAAUAAACGGUAAUAGUGUGUAAGUUACUGUAGUGUUCGGAAAACUUCAUGUAAACUAGGAAAUGCAGUAACAUUGGUGUUGAAUCGAUCA